AGAAGGGGCUCCGAUCAGGGCAGUAUCCUGCGCAGAAUUAUCGACGUGUAAUAUUGCUGCUCCGCAGGCCAGCAUGGAGAUGAUGCUAGCAGCUACUAAAAAGUAGGCCCUUUGAUAUCCUCCGAGACGGGGCGUUUCUGUGUACUGCACGAGGCACAUUGGCCACUCCUUCGAUGCAUGUACAAGUACACAUACUCGGUACCACCCCAUCGACCUCGCCGGUAUACAUUAAUUACGGAUACUCCGUCCACCCAUGCUCAUCUCACGCACGUCCAGGCGCAGGUACCGGUACCCAGAGCUCAGUCGACCAGCUACGCACGGAUACCUGCUUCAUGCUGCUGGGUUUGGGAUAUCCCAGCAAGCUGCUUAAUUCCACCAGGCAUCUUAGUAAUUGCUCUCAGCACAGAAUGCAUAGCUCUUAAUUCCGCUAGAGGCUCCACUCGGCCGUUUUGCAGAAUUACUUGGAAUGGACAAUGAUGUCUGAGGCUGGUUGGCCAGUCGAGGCAUGGAUGUGGCAUCUAGAUGGACAUGUAUCUACUGGUACAAGUAUUCCACAGCUGUACUUUGACCGCCUGCUUCUUACCGACUGGCCGGUAGCCCGGGUUAUAUUUCGAAAGCCGGUGAAUGCCUACAUCUAAGCGUUAU